AUGACUUCUGAACUAUGUCAGGAGAUUCUUCGAGUACAGAUCGACCUGAGUUUUUCAUACUGGAUGGAGAAUAAAGGAUCACCAUCAUACCACGAUGUUCUGAGAAAGGAUGUUAUGCUCCCUAUAGAGGUAAACUUGGAUGUGUACAAGUGUGCUAAGCAAAAUGAUUUGGACAUCGGUGAGUACCACGAUUUGAUGAUGGACAACGUUGUUGAAGUCGCCGAUAAGAAGUUGAUGGCUCUAAAGGAGAUAGACAAGGACAAGAUCAUGGUGGCGAAAGCAUACAACAAGAAGGUAAAGGCCAAGUCUUUUCAGAUUAGAGAGCUCGUGUGGAAGACGGUGCUGCCAUUGAAGACUAAAGACAGGAGAUUCGGCAAGUGGUAUCCAAGCUGGGAAGGUCCGUUUAGAGUAACAAGGGUGGUUCCUGGUAAUUCAAAUAUGUUAGAAGAUUUGCAAGGUAACCAGCUGCCCAAGGCAUUGAAUGGCCGCUUCUUGAAGAAAUAUUACCCAAUCAUGUGGCAACAUGCUUGA